CUUUCAUUGUAAACACCAAGUGGCACACAUGAAAUAUACAAUCUAACAAGUGGCUCUUUACGAGACCUCUCAUAGAACGUUAAUAAUAAUAAUAAUAAUAAUAUCCAUCUGCACAACUCAGAUCCAGUCUCUCCUUCUCCUUCUUCUCUUAAUAUCUGCAUUUCUUUGUCUACACAAACACUCAUAAAGAUGGAAUAUUCCGGCAAUGAAUUCGAUGCUAUAGUCAUUGGUGCAGGCAUCAUGGGCAGCACCACUGCCUAUGAACUAGCAAAACGAGGCAAAAAGACACUUCUACUUGAACAGUUCGAUUUCUUGCACCAUCGCGGAUCAUCACACGGCGAGUCACGCACUAUCCGUGCUACCUAUCCGGAGGAUUACUACUGUGCCAUGGCCAUAGAAUCCUUCCCGCUUUGGGAGGAAGCACAGUCAGAAAUUGGCUUUAAAGUUUAUUUCAAAGCGCAGCAUCUAGAUAUGGGUCCUUCAGAUAACAAGAGUCUACUCUCAGUCAUCUCAAGUUGCAAGAAAAACUCGGUUUCUUUUCAAGUGCUAGACAGUCAACAAGUGCCUGAGAAAUUCUCUGGUAGGAUUAACAUACCAGAGAAUUGGAUAGGCGUGUCUGCUGAGCUUGGUGGGGUAUUAAGACCCACUAAAGCAGUGUCCAUGUUUCAAUCACUAGCAUCUAGAAAGGGCGCAGUCUUAAGAGAUAACACGGAAGUGAAUAACAUAAUUAAGGACGACGUGAGAGGUGGCUUAUGGGUGUUCGCUGCAAAUGGUGAGAAGUUUUGGGCUGAAAAAUGUGUUAUUACAGCCGGGGCUUGGGUUAGAAAGUUAGUUAAAACGGUUAGUGGGCUUGAUUUGCCUAUACAAGCACUGGAAACUACAGUGUGUUACUGGAGGAUUAAGGAAGGGCAUGAGAGUGAGUUUACUAUGGGAGUUGAUUUUCCUACAUUUGCUAGUUAUGGACAGCCGUACGUAUAUGGCACGCCGUCGUUGGAGUUCCCGGGAUUGAUCAAGAUAGCGGUGCAUGGAGGGCGUGCUUGUAAUCCGGAUAAAAGGCCAUGGGGUCCUUGUCUGACGUUGAGUUCUUUGAAGGAAUGGAUUGAGCGAACAUUUUCAGGGCUCGUUGAUUCUGAUGGCCCAGUUGCUACUCAGUCGUGUAUGUAUUCAAUGACUCCAGAUGAAGAUUAUGUGAUUGAUUUUCUAGGCGAGGAGUUCGGGAAAGAUGUGGUGGUUGGUGGUGGGUUUUCAGGUCACGGGUUCAAGAUGGCCCCAGUCAUAGGAAGGAUACUGGCGGAUCUGGCUCUUGAUGGGGAAGCAAAAGGAGUGGACCUGAAUCAUUUUAGUAUACAGAGAUUUCGGGACAAUCCUCAAGGGAAUAUGAAGGACUAUGAAGACCAAGUUGAUUUUUUUUCCAAUCAUAAGUAGAUGUACUACGUUACUCAAUUUCAUGUAGAUUAGCUUGACUGUCAUCUUAUCUGAAUUUCGUUGCACCGCACCUCGCUUCGAAAUGGCCCUCCUGCACGAUGUACUAAGUUAAUGUUCUUUUGGCCAAAUCCUAAGUCUGGGCUUGCAGUGAUCAUUUAGCACAUCAGUGCCGAGCAUUUGCUGAUAUAAACUCAAAACGGUUCCAACUGA